AUGGUGGCGUAAGACCUGCGGGCCACGGCGAGAUGAUUCCAGCAGCCAAUGUGACCCUACAGCGCAUCAAGAAAGAGCUCGACGAGAUGACGAGCGACCCGCCGUCCAACUGCUCGGCGGGACUCAACGACACUGGUGACAUGUUCAACUGGCAGGCCACCAUCUCGGGACCCGAGAAGACCCCUUUCGAGGGAGGAGUCUUCAAGCUGAGCAUCUUCUUCCCCAAUGACUACCCGUUCAAGCCGCCCCAGGUGAAGUUCAUUACCAAAAUCUACCACCCGAACAUCAACGGCAAUGGCAUCAUCUGCCUGGACAUUCUCAAGUCCCAAUGGUCUCCUGCCUUGUCGAUCGCCAAGGUGCUGCUGUCCAUCUGCGCGCUCAUGUGCGAGCCGAACCCGGACGACCCGCUCAUGCCGGAGGUCGCCUCCAUGUACAAGAACAACCGCGCUCAGUACAACGCCACUGCCCGGAAGUGGACCACGGAAUACGCCAUGGAGUAAUGCGACGGCGAACAAGGGUGGCAUUGCCGACGCCCUCACACCGCGCAUGCAAACCAGCGUCGCACUACUCAAGGAGGCUGGGCGCACGGCUACGUUAUAGGCAGUCUUUCGGUGGACUCCUUCAGAAAUUAUUUUCUUGAGUUUCGAAAUUCUUUAAGGCUCACACGCAAAAUUUGUGUAAGGCACCUGCACACUCGCAGCAGCGAUGGAGCAGCCUGUGCUGCUAUAAUUAUUUUGUUGCUUGCUCAUUAGUGAUCUAACCAAACGUACUCACUUGCCUUCUGCGAAAUGAAUGGACAAAUAACGACUGCCGACGCACAAAUUGCAGCGUUUCCGGUAGCGCAUGUCUUUUCCUGCGCUCAAAAAACCAUGUGUGGUGGAGUGCGUAAUCAUUCGGCGUAUCACUCAAAU